AUGGGCGCGAUUUCUCUGGAACUGGCAAAUUUCUUGGCGUUGGUGCUGGAAACCCUGCUCUAUGGAUCGUUCACCGUCCUCUUCUUCGCGGCGAUCUAUGUAAUUAUGUACAAGCGGACGGUUGUCAACAUCACUCUCCUUUCAACUGUAACAGCAAUCUGGAUUCUAUCAACUGUUCAUCUUAUUCUCGAUAUCCUCCGCGCCACAGAAGCGUUUGUGCAGCAGAAGGACGGGGGCCCUCUCUUGUAUUAUCUGAAUCUAUCGAACCCCCUGCAAGCCGCAAAGACAGCCGUCUAUGUCACACUAACUCUCGUUGGAGACGGAUUCGUCAUUUUUCGGUGCUUCAUCGUGUGGGGCCGCACUUGGUGGAUUAUACCCUUCCCCCUCAUGCUCCUGCUCGGUACCGCAAUCGCUGGAUUCGGCGCUACGUACGAGUUCUCACAUGCAGCGCCAGGAUCGGAAGUGUUUCUGCCUGCGAUUGUGCCCUGGAUAACAAGCUUCAUCGCCCUGACCUUGUCCACAAAUGUGGUUUGCACGACUCUCAUUGUUUACCGCCUUUUAAGUGUUCACAGGGCCGUGAAGGACUUCGCGCAAAGCGGAGUAGCCAAAUCUGUCUUGAUCAUGGUUAUCGAAUCUGCUGCAGUAUACUCGGCAUCAGUCAUUUCAUUGAUGAUCACGUACAGCUUAGAGUCCAACGCACAAUACACCGUAUUGGAUCUAACCGCGCCCCUCAUCGGUAUAACAUUCAGCGUGAUCAUCCUGCGCGUCAGUCUCGGAAUCAGUUCGCGAGAGCUCACACAGGUGUCGCAGCCGAACAGCAGCGGUCGCUCAACUGGUGGUGGCACCUUCCCCUUGGCGCGCCGUGCCGUAGCUGUGAAUGUCAGUGUUGAGGUCGACAGUGACGACCUUGCUGGCGACGACAUGAGCAUGGCAAAGCGCGAUGGAACAUAUGUGUAA